AUGACCUUCGGGUACAAUGCCCAUUUUUCCUCCUUGUCGCGCGGGAAAGAGAAUAUUCUCAACAUUUCCGACUUUGCAAAGGAUUUGUUGUUCAGCUUGAAAUUCGCAGUUGGGAAGGGCGAACGCAAACUCGACAUUGGGACAGUCCCCAUCAUAUUUGUUGCCCACUCUAAGGGAGGUCUGGUGGCGAAGAAAGCUUUCAUUCUUGGCCAGCAUGACGAACACUACCAGAACCUCAUUGAGGCGGUAUCGGCUAUCGUCUUCCUUUCAACACCGCAUCGUGGGUCGGAUCUUGCAGAAGCCUUGAACAGAAUCCUUUCUGUAUGCAUCGGCUUAUCCCCGAGGGAAUUUGUGUCCGAACUCGCUACAAACUCGCGAACCCUCCAGGAAAUCAACGAACAGUUCAGGAACUUGGCUCCGAGAGUGUCAGUUGUUCCCUUCUUCGAGACCUUAGAGACGGCCAUAGGGCUAUCUCGAGUCAUGGUGCUCCAGAAGGACUCUUCCAUUCUCGGUUAUCCUGGGGAGAUCUCAAAACCUCUUGAUGCUGACCACCACGACGUUUGCAAGUAUACAAGUCAACUGGAUCCGAACUAUAUUAGCGUCCGCAAUAUCCUCAAAUAUUUAGUAGAGAAAUACGGUUCGCAAGAUCCGGCCAAAGUGGAAACCGAUUCCGUCGAUGAACUCCGUGAGAUUGCUUCGGCUUUUGGGCCCGCGCAGGAACCAACGGACGAUCUCAUGUUCUUUGCAAACAGAAGGAUGGCUGGCUCUUGUGAGUGGACAAACAGUGGCCCGACUUUUGUCUCUUUUUUCGACGAUGAAGCGGAGCAUCCUCGAUGUCUUUGGUGCACUGGCCGUCCAGGAUCAGGGAAGUCCGUUCUUGCAUCAUCCAUUAUACAAUCUGUCCAGGAGAGUGACUUCGAUGUGGCAUUGUACUUUUUUCGGUUCGGAGAUCACAUCAAGAACAAUAUUAAUACUUUACUUUUGUCCUUGGCAUACCAGAUUGCAACUAGCCUACCAGAAUAUCGCCGGCGCUUACUCCGUCUUUUUGACGACGGCCUCAAUGUCCAAAAGUCGGCGCCCCGAAUUUUGUGGCAAAAGCUCUUUAUUUCAGCUCUUUUUAAAGUCAAGCUCUCUCGGCCCCUCGUCAUCGUUAUUGACGGACUAGACGAAUGUGAUUCGGCAAGCCUGUUGUUGAAACUUUUGGAAGAUCUCCAUACGUUUCCGGGUCCUGUGCGACUUAUAGUCUUCAGUCGCGGUGUCCAAAAUCUAUCUUCGGCAUUUGACAAGUUAUCGAAGGGGCUACCAAUCCGCUAUCACUUGCUUGAAAAUAUGGCUGACGACGUUCGAUUGUAUGCGGAGGAGGAAAUGGCGACCAUGCGUGGCGAUGAAGAAUUUAAGCUCACAAUUGCAGAGGAGCUCGCGCGCAGGGCUGAUGGGAAUUUCUUGUGGGCUAACCUGGUACUGGCUGAGGUGCUACAAUGUCACACAGAAGACGAGGUAUUCAGGGCGCUGGAAGAGGUCCCCGACGAGCUCGAGGCGUUGUACGAGCGCAUGGACCCAACGCUCGCGAAGAACUGCCGCCCAUCAGAUCAAGCCAUGGGUAAAACCAUUAUCAUGUGGAUCGCUUGUGCCAGGCACUCUUUGACGCUGUUAGACUUGGCCGAAGCCUUACGGCCGGAAUACACCAACAUUCUCGACCUGAAGUACACCAUCAGUCGCGUUUGCGGAGAAUUCGUCCUCGUUGACAGCAAGGGUGUUGUUUCAAUGGUUCACUCAUCUGCUCGGGAUUGUCUGCUACAGAACCCUGACCUCAACUACCACGUUCCUCAGGGCUCUUCUCACCAAUCCCUGUUCUCCAAAUGCAUCGCCGAGCUGAUCAAUGCGAGUCCCAAGAUCCAAUCGGGCCAGAUCAAGUCUCAAGCGUUCUUGUUAUACGCGGCAACCUCAUGGCCAUUCCACUUAGAACAGAGCUCUGAGUUCUCCGAGGUCUCCGAUCAGGAAUCGCUUGUUCUUCUGGCACGUUUCUUCCGAAGUCCCGCUGUCCUUGGUUGGAUAUAUCUGUUGUCGGUCGCUGGGCAAUUGCGGCUCUUAGUCCAAGCUUCAAAAAAAUUGGCCAGUUUCCUCAAAAAUAUCGAUCGAUUAGACGAAGCCCGAAAUCCACUUACUCACCGUCUAAGGGAUAAAGAGGUCUUAAACCUGUGGAGCAUAGAUCUUAUCAGGCUGGUCGGCAAAUUCGGCCCUCAUCUUAACGAGCAGCCAAAGCUCAUUUUCAAACUUGUGGCACCCUUUUGUCCUCGAGAUUCUAUGAUGUACAAGCAGUUCGGUGACCGGACGGCUAGUUCCGGUAUGUCGGUCUCCUCUGGCCUAUCUGCAAGGUCUUGGGACGACUGCCUUGCAAAAUUCACUGUUCACGGUUUCAAGUCCCCCCUCCAGAUCAAAUGUGCAAACCGCUACUUCGCUAUCUUGCUAUCGGAUGGGACAGUGCAGCUGUACCAUGCAAGUACUUGCGAAGAAGCGAGAACUUUUCAUCAUGGCGAGAGGGUCCUGGCGUGGUGCUUCAAUGCCGUUGGCGACAAAAUGGUGACAUGUGGACUCACUAAGACUAUUGUUUGGGUUACUGCCACUGCACAGCAGCUGUCUUCUUCUGCCAAUCCUCGUCGGUCCAAAGCCCUCACCAUCACAUUUGUGAACAAUGAUGAGACGCUGUUAACGUGUUGCGAUGACGAUUGCACCAUCCGGAGCUUAUGUUUUGACAUGCCAGAUGAAGGCUGGCAAGUCGUACAGCAUGUGCUUGGAGAGGGCAGAUUCUAG